AUGAGUAACAAGUUCCCAGUGUUGGCCGAGUUCAGCGGAGCCAAUAUGGCGGACGAGAAGGUUAUUUUUUGUGCAAACUGUGGACACAAACAACGAUUCAUGAAACGGUGCAGUGCCUGCGGACAAGUAUUCUAUUGGUAAAAGUGUUUCCUUAGUAAGAUUUUCAAAUUACGCUAUUAAUGCGCUACACCUUUAUCUUCGGAUCUUUACGUUGAUGUAAAUAAGCCUAAGCUUAUGUAUUGGUCAAAUCGAAGCUUCAACAUGCCCCCCCGGGCAUACCCCGGGCAUUUGACACCUUUGCCAUCCCAGGGAGGAGGGAAUUUGACAACCUCGUCCCCAGGGUCUUCUCGCUUUCCAAUAUGGCGGCGGCAGGAGAAGACCCAACCUCGUCCCCAGGGUCUUCUCGCUUUCCAAUAUGGCGGCGGCAGGAGAGAAGACCCUGGCACACAGCAGAAAUCACGUGACUGAUUUGUCCACGGAGAGUGGAAAUUUAUUCAAAAUGGCGGCCAAGAUAAAGAGUGAGAGGAUCUGGGUACGAGGUCUUGAGACUGGUGAAAAACAAACAAAAUGGCGGCAAAGGCAAAACUCAAAAGAAGCUAAAAAUAUGAAAGAAUACACUUACAAGCCACAGGAAUACGGUAGAAUGAUAUAGCGAUCUUAUUUUCUGUUCAAUGACCUUCAUUUGUUUUAAGCCUGAAAGUUCUAGCGCACACGGCUGUCUACAACUUAAUUUCUCGAUACCGACCUUUUUCACCGUUUUUUUUUUGUCGUACCCCUGAGCGCGCAGAGGUUCAGGUUUCUUCUUUCGUGAAAGGGGAGCUUUUUCUAACCGUGAGCACAAUUUUUUUCUUCAUGUUAGGAAUUUCGAGAACAGACCUCUGAAGCCAGGGAAUUUUUUGUCAUGACGUGACGCUCUAAGACCUCUUCCGCUCCGAAAUUCAACUAAGCAUUAAAUUGAGUCGCACACACUUUAAGCUGAUAAGUUAUCGUCAGUUUUGUUACAGAUCUUCAUGAGGUUUUUGACUAUUGUUUUUCUAUCUGCACAAAUUUUAACUGAACUCUGAUAUGUAAAAAAACAAUUUUUUUUUCUGAAAAUAAGAACCAGAGAACACUAUUUUGUUAAUAUAAUUUGAGGAAACUUUGGUUGAAAAUUAAACAGUUCCUUGGUCAGUUUGGAUAUUUUGUCACUUGAACUGGUACAGGUAAUAAAAUUAUUGUUAAUCUUCAUCUACUUCACAGUUUUUAGACUUUGUUAUUGGCUUUUGAUAUCUAACCCCGUUCACAGUGCUUCCGGGCAAUAGAGAUAGGGGCCUUAUUUAAUCUAGCAAAGACGGUGGUAUUAGUUCCCACCAAAAAAAAAUGCCAAGUGAAAAGCCCAAGUACAAGAAGGUUGGAGGUCAAGCAGCCGAGGAUCAAAAACAAAUCCGAACUUCCAGUUGGUGAAUAAAUCAUCCUGGAUCGGUCCACAGAAAGCUUUACAGUUUUCAUUGAUUUAUACAGUCUCUUAUUUAUUAGUGAAGAAUAAGAAAAUAAUAAUAACUGUUUAUUCACAAAUCCAAAUCGGAAAGUGAAAAGGAGAUAAAAGAGGUUAUCCCUUUCUAGUUUAAGGUGGGAUGGGGGUUAAAAAAGACGGGGGCUUAUUGUUAAAACUUUCUUUCACUGAAAAGGAGGGCUUAUUUGAGAGAGGGGGCCUUAAUAGAGGAUUUAAGAUGUUGUUAUUAUUGUUUUUUUUUUUGCCUCUCAGAUGUAAAACCCCGCUUUAAUAGCUAGCAAAAGGUGAAGAGUGUUUCCAUUGUUUGUAAUAUAGCAAUCCAAAAUGUAUUCUCCACUUUGAAAUAGAUUUGAUUUUCAGAGCAAAAACUUCCUUAAUCCCUGACUUUGGUUUAUUUGACAUAUUACUUGGGGCUGCACUUUGCCAUGUCAAUGUGCAAAUUGACUAAAGGCUAGACUCCAGUUCAAAAAUUUGAUAGUCCUAUCUGAGUCAUGUGCACAGUAAAAGUUCCUGUCUCAUUUGGAGAUAAUAGAUGUUUUAAGUCAAACACGCUUUGCUCGUCAGAUGGGCCCUUUCGUACUCUAAUUGAGACAUGACUUGGUAGCGGUGUGCUGAUUAUCAAUCAUAAUCUAUAAAGCAUCAGAAACCUAAAGCAAAGUGAGUAUUGCUUAUACAAAUGUUCAGUUGAUUGUUGUGGAAAAUUCACAAAAACAUUGUUGACAAAUAAGGACAUUAAUACACCUGUGUUGUCUUUUUGAUGGGCUCUUAAUGUAGUUUAUAUGUUGUUUAGUUGGUUUAACUAUGUGACAGAUAAGCCUCUGCUUGCAGGGUAGGUUUUUUGUUUUGUUCACUUACAAAAUUAUUUUCAGUGUUGAAAGUGGCACACAGGGGGCACAAAACUAUAAUCUACUAUAAUCGAUUAUCAGUUUAAUAGUUGGGUUAAUCUGAUUAUUUCUGACGAUAUGAUUAUAAUACAGACACUAUUACUAAGACUAACCAACACCUUAAAGUAGACUUUGAAAGUAUUUAAGCCAGCACAUCUAACAGCGGCAACCUCACACCGCAACACCUAAACAAGAUAAAAGCCUUGCCUUGUCCCUGUGUGGCAUUUUCCCAGGCCUUAAUUCUUGGUCAAUUCAUUUCGGUGACUUAUCUUAGGCAAACUGGAGGGAAACUGUUUCACUAUUUCGCUUGGGACCACGUGACCUAAAACUCAUUGGCCAUGACUAGGCAACUAAAAGCUCACUAUGCUAAUGGGGACUCUGGCACAAAACACUUCAAAAGCCUUUGCAUCUCGACAUGAAAAAUCCCAUGAUCGAGAUGCUCCAGGCCCCUUCCGCUCUUGUUUAUUCAGUGGAUAGUGAUAUAUGCACCCUUUGAAGUAGUUUAUUUUUUAAAUCCAAGGUUUAGAACUGAAUUAUAGCUGCUUCACAAUCAUACCCAGCUGGUGUUGGAAUACUACAGCACCAGCCACUUUUUCACCUGGUCCACAAACCCCCUUUUCAAGGAUAUAGUGACAAGAACAUCAUGCAGUGACAAGAACAACAUGCACACUUAGCCUACAGUAAUUAGAAGCUCAAUUGACAGGUUUUAGUUUGACAGAAAACAUAUUUAUCUUGGGGUCACUGUCACCCCAUGUCUGGAAUCUGGGAAAUUUUUCUCUUGGAAUCUGGAAUAAAGGUCCUAAAGUACUCUGGAUCCCACUUAUAACUGGAAUCCGGAAUCCAUGUUCCACUGACAAAGAAUCCAGAAUGCGGUAUCCAUGGCGCAAAAUUGAGAAUCCAAGACUGUCAGAUUUCCUUGAAUGGGCUGAUCACUGUUUUCAACUUGAUAAAAUAAAAGACAUCAUGUGCUUUCAUUUAUUUUAUUUUUGCAACUAGAAAGAAAUCCCACAAGCUUCAAUACAUCAAUAUGUAAGUUUUUCAUUUCUGAGAAAGGAAACAGUUUAUUUUCCCAAUGUCUCUGUAUUUAGCUGUAUUUUACUGCCACUGAAAUGAGCAAACAAUAAUAAAUUAUCAUUAUUGUGACACUAAAAACUGAAUAAAUGAAAAGUCAGGAUUAAAAAUAUCAAAUGAUAGCGACACUAUGUUUGGCUUCAAUUUUUAGUUUUGUUUCGACAUCUGCCUCUCUCGCUCCUCGUCCCCCUUCAAAAUCACAGUGGAAAAAUUAAAAGAAGGCCAGGUUAGGCCCAUGAAUGUUACGAUCAAAGGAAAAGAAUGUUUCACUUGACAAAAAACUGCUGAGACAAAGCGCAGAUUAUGCAAGAUUUCCGUAUAACCACAUACAUUAAUAAUAUUAAGCAUACAGCUUUUGUUCAAAGAAAACAAAAGGCAGAACAAUACUACACCUUUGCAACGGGCAGCUAAAUUUAUUGAUAAGCUGAAGCCUUGCAAGUAUUCUUUCACAAAUCGGGAAUUAAAGAAACAAAUCUUUAGUAAUUUUCGGAACACACAAACCAAAUAGCACGAGUAACAGAAAUACCUCUACGCGUUAUAAUAUUCCCAGCGAUUACCAGAUAUCACUAUAUUCGAAUCUUUGCCUUCCAACGGUAUAGUCACAGUUUUCCGAACAAUCAGACCUGAAUUCUGUCCACCUUUUAGGUCUCAAACACUGAAGAAAGCACUUCUCAGCCUCUACGAAGCCCUCUUUGUUUUGGAAGGAAUAAACCAAUGAGAGCGCACGUAUGAACGCGCUAUGAAAUGCACCAAUCAGCGAUCGUUUUAGUUCGCUGUGUGCCAGGGUCUUCUCUCCUGCCGCCGCCAUAUUGGAAAGCGAGAAGACCCUGGGGACGAGGUUGGAGAAGACCCUGGCACACAGCAGAAAUCACGUGACUGAUUUGUCCACGGAGAGUGGAAAUUUAUUCAAAAUGGCGGCCAAGAUAAAGACUGAGAGGAUCUGGGUACGAGGUCUUGAGACUGAAGAAAAACAAACAAAAUGGCGGCAAAGGCAAACGCAAGAGAAGCUAAAAAUAUGAAAGAAUGCACUUAAAAGCCACAGGAAUACGGUAGAAUGAUAUAGCGAUCUUAUUUUCUGUUCAAUGACCUUUAUUUAUUUUAAGCCUGAACGUUCUAGCGUACACGGCACUUAACAACUGUCUACAACUUUAAUAAUUUCUCGAUAGCGGUCCGUUUUUCACUGUUUUCUUUUUUUGCCUACCCUGAGUGCCAGAGGUUCAGUUUUCUUCUUUCGUGAAAGGGGGAACUUUUUCUAACCGUGAGGGCAAUUUAUUUCAUCUUAGGAAUUUCGAGAACACACCUCUGAAGCCAGGAAAUUUUUUGUCAUGACGCCCUAAAACCUCUUCCGCUCCGAAAUUCAACAAGGCAUUAAAUUGAGUCGCAGACACUUUACCGAAUACUACAAUAAGUUAUGUCAGUUUUGUUACAGAUCUUCGUGAGGUUUUUGACUAUUGUUUUUCUAUCUUUACACAUUUUAACUGAACUCUGAUAUGCAAAAAACAAUUUUUUUUUCUGAAAACAAGAACCAGAGAACACUAUUUUGUUAAUAUACCGGUAAUUUGAGGAAACUUUGGUUGAAAAUUAAACAGUUCCUUGUUCAGUUUGGAUAUUUUGUCACUUGAUCUGGUACAGGUAAUAAAAUUAUUGUCAUCCUUCAUCUACUUUACAGUUUCUAGACCUUCUUAUUGGCUUUUGAUAUCUAACCCUGUUCACAAUGCUUCCGGGCAAUAUUUAUUUAAUCUAGCAAAGACGCUGUGAUUAGUUCCCCACAAAAAAAAAAAAAUGCCAAGUGAAAAAGCCCAAGUACAAGAAGGUUGGAGGUCAAGCAGCUGAGGAUCAAAAACAAAUCCGAACUUCCAGCUGGUGAAUAAACCAUCCUGGAUCGGUCCUUACAAAGUUUUACAGUUGUCAUUGAUUGAUAGUCUUUUAUUUAUUAGUGAAGAAUACGAAAAGGGGGGGGGGGGGGGUGGAAUGGGGGUUAAAAGAGAGGGGGACUUAUUGUUAACACUUUCAUCCACUGAAAAGGAGGGCUUAUUUGAGAGAGGGAGCCUUAAUAGAGGAUUUAAGAUGCUGUUAUUAUUGUUUUUUUUGCCUCUCAGAUGUAAAAAAAAAGCAUUAACCCCGCUUCAAUAGCUAGCAAAAGGUGAAGAGUGUUUCCAUUGUUUGUAAUAUAGCAAUCCAAAAUGUAUUUUCCACUUUGAAGUAGAUUUGAUUUUUAGAGCAAAACGUUCUUAAUCCCUCAUGACUUUGGUUUAUUUUACAUAUUACUUGGGGCUGCACUUUGCCAUUGCAAUGUGCAAAUUGACUAAAGGCUAGACUCCAGUUGUUCAAAAAUUUGAUUGUCCUAUCUGAGUCAUGUGCACUGUAAAAGUUCCUCUCUGAUUUGGAGAUAAUAGAUCCUUUAAGUCAAACAUGCUUUGCUCGUCAGAUGGGCCAUUUCGUACUCUAAUUGAGACAUGACUUGGUAGUGGUGUGCUGAUUAUCGCUCAUAAUCUAUCAUUAAUCAGAAACCUAAAGCAAAGUGAGUAUUGCUUAUACAAAUGUUCAAUUGAUUGUUGUGGAAGAUUCACAAAAACAUUGUUGACAAAUAAGGACAUUAAUACACCUGUGUUGUCUUUUUGAUGGGCUCUUAAUGUAGUUUAUAUGAUGUUUAGUUGGUUUUUAAAACUAUGUGACUGAUAAGCAUCGGCUUGCAGGGUAGGUGUUUUGUUUUGUUCACUUACAAAAUUAUUUUCAGUGUUGAAAGUGGCACACAGGGGUCACAAAUCUAUAAUCUACUAUAAUCGAUUAUCAGUUUAAUGGUUGGGUUAAUCUGAUUAUUUCUGAUGAUAUGAUUAUGAUACAGACACUAUGACUAAGACUAACCAACACCUUAAAGUAGACUUUGGAAGUAUUUAAGCCAGCACAUCUAACAGCUGCCACCUCACAGCCCAACACCUAAACAAGCUAAAAGCCUUACCUUGUCCCUGUGUGGCAUUUUCCCAGGCCUUCUUGGUCAAUUCAUUUCGGUGAUGUAUCUUAGGCAAACUGGAGGGAAACUGUUUCACUGUUUCACUUGGGACCACGUGAUGUGAAACUCAUUGGCCGUGACUAGGCAACUAAAAGCUCACUAUGCUACUGGGGACUCUGGCGCACAACACUUCAAAAAGCCUUACAUCCCUACAUGAAAAAUCCCAUGAUCAAGACGCUGCAGGCCCCUUCUGCUCUUGUUUAUUCAGUGAAUAGUGAUAUAUGCACCCUUUGAAGCAGUUUAUUUUUUUAAAUCCAAGUUUUAGAACUGAAUUAUAGCUGCUUCAUAAUCAUACCCAGCUGGUUUUGGAAUACUAUAAUGCCAGCCACUAUUUCACCUGGUCCACAAACCCCCUUUUCAAGCAUAUAGUGACAAGAACAACGUGUACACUUAGCCUACAGUAAUUAGAAGCUCAAUUAACAGGUUUUGGUUUGACAGAAAACGUAUUUAUCUUAGGAUCACUGUCACCCUAUGUAAGGGAAUCCGGAAUCUGGGAAAUUUUCUCUUGGAAUCUGGAAUAAAGGUCAAGUACUCUAGAUCCCACUUAUAAUUGGAAUCCGGAAUCCAAGUUCCACUGACAAAGAAUCCAGAAUGCAGUAUCCAUGGUGCAGAAUUGAGAAUCCAAGACUGUCAGAUUUCCUUGCAUGGGCUGAUCACUGUUUUCAACUUGAUAAAAUGAAAAGACAUCAUGUGCUUUCAUUAUUUUAUUUUUGCAACUAGAAAGAAAUCCCACAAGCUUCAAACAUUAAUAUGAAAGUUUUUCAUUUCUGAGAAAAGGAAACAGUUUAUUUUCCCAAUGUCUCUGUAUUUAGCUGUAUUUUACUGCCAAUGAAAUGAGCAAAUAAUAAUAAAUUAUCAUCAUUGUGACACUAAAAACUGAAUAAAUGAAAAGUCAGGAUUAAAAAUAUCAAAGGAUAUCGACACUAUGUUUGGCUUCAAUUUUUAGUUUUGUUUCGACAUCUGCAUCUCUCACUCCUCAUCCCCCUUCAAAAUCACCGUGGAAAACAUUAAAAGAAGGCCAGGUUAGGCCCAUGCAUGUUACGAUCAAAUGAAAAAAAAUGUUUCACUCGACAAAAAACAGCUGAGACAAAGCACAGAUUACGCAAGAUUUCCGUAUAACCCCAUACAUUAAUAAUAUUAUGCAUACAGCUAUUGUUCAAAGAAAACAAAAGGCAGAACAAUACUAAACCUUUGCAAACGGACAGCUAAAUUUAUUGAUAAGCUGAAGCCUUGCAAGUAUUCUUUCACAUAUCGGGAAUCAAAGAAACAAAUCUUUAGUAAUUUAGAAUCGAACACACAAACCAAAUAGCACGAGCAAUACCUCUACGCCUUAUAAUAUUCCCAGCGAUUACCAUUUCAGAUAUCACUAUCUUCGAAUCUUUGCCUUCCAACGGUACAGUCACAGUUUUCCGAACAAUCAGACCUGAAUUCUGUCCACCAUUUCGGUCUCAAACACUGAAGAAAGCACUUCUCAGCCUCUACGAAGCCCUCAAAGGAUAACCAUCUUUGUUUUGGAAUGAAUAAACCAAUGAGAGCCCACGUAUGAACGCGCAACAGAAUGCACCAAUCAGCGAUCGUUUUAGUUCGCUGUGUGCCAGGGUCUUCUCUCCUGGCGCCGCCAUAUUGGAAAGCGAGAAGACCCUGGGGACGAGGUUGGGAAUUUGAUUAUCAGAGUCUUCCAGGGGGUGGGGAAUUUGAUCCCCAUGCUUUACGGGUGGGGAAUUUGAACUGCACCCUCGAUUUCAUGUAAAAUAUUUGGCGUGGCGAGCUAUCAUGGGGGACGCGGUGUUAGAGGAUUUUCGUGGAAAAGAUUCUGCCUUCGUGGCCAAUUGGUUACGAGGAAAGGGCUUAAACAAGCUUUGUGCCGUAUUUGAUGUAUUUCAAUUUUAAACUUUUUAAUAUUGGAUUCAGGCUUUGAAUGUAUGAAUGUAUUUUAUUAUUGUGUUUACGAUGAAAUACAAUACCUAUAUCGGCGAUUCAAUACCACAACAUAAAAUAAAAGAAAAUAAAAAGCUCAGGUCAACUACUUUGACCUACUGCAAGUAUGUUAUUUAAUAAAGUGACCGAUGAUGCAUGUCAGUGAAAUGGUCAUGAUGUAGUAAUCUCAAAAGGUGGGAUCUUUUUUUUAUAGAACGCUUUGUAUGUUGCAUGACGAAGAAAAGCUGAGCAUUCAGUUACCUUGUAGCAGCGAUUUCCGCCGUUUUGCACGAGACUUUUGUUCGUAGUAAAUACGCUAACAGUGUUUCUCAGUCUUUGUUAUAUUUAUAAAAAUUUUGUUCGACAACUGAAGGCGUUUCCACUGUCCUUCUGUCAUUUUUGUGCCUGUGAAAUGUCCCUGGGAUGGGGGCAUUUGAUCACCUGAAUGGACCCUAGUGUGGGGCAUUUGAACGGCAUUUUGGCCCGGGUUGGGGGGAAUUUGAACAAUAAUUUUCAAAAAAGUCAAAUGCCCGGGGGGUUGCCCGGGGGGGCAUGUUGAAGCUUCGAUUUGACCGAUACAUUAUAUCGCGACAUUUCGACUGGUCUUCAUCAGGCAAUCAAAAUCAAUUGGUUAGCACCAUCACCUGAUGAAGACCGAUCAAAAUGCCCCGAUCAAUAACAAAGUGACUAUCAUUAUUUUAGACAAGGUAAGCGAGCCUGUCUAUAUAUUCAUAUAAGCUUAUAUUAAACUUUGGGUGAUCUCAAAUUUUGUCUCUCCUUGUAAAUAUAUAACAGCUUAAACGGUUCUUUACUGUAAGGCUGGUUUUCACUUGUGACGAAGUCGAAUUGAGAAUUGUAAGCAGAGUUGUAAGAGCCGGCUUAUGGCCUUGUGAAAAUAAAAAAAUAAGAGUCAAGUCGUACACAGAGUGAUAAGCGCAACGCAGUCGGAGUUGGAAGAAUCGGAACGUUUCCAUUUUCUUCUGACUCCAGUUAUGUCUGCCGUUUCCGAUCUAGUGAAAACCAGAUUGUCGAAGUCAGAAACAGAAGUAGAAGCAGAAGGAUAAAUCAAUCACAAUGCAUGUCCCCAGGCCUUGUGAUUGGUUUAGUUAUUCUGCUUCUGCUUGCGACUCUGAUGACCCAGUUUUCACUUGAUCAUAAAUGACGGAGUUGUAAGUGCAAUCAGAAUGCUGUUUUCACUAGAUCGUAAAGUUCUAUGCUUCUGAUUACAACUCCAACUCCGUCGCUAGUGAAAAUCAGCCUUUACACGGUUAGCUUUUUAUAUUUAGUAAUAACUAGACUUUGUUGCUGUUGCUGUUGUUAUUAUCAUAAUAAUCAUUAUUUUUUCAGCUCAAAGGAAUGUCAAAUCAAACAUUGGCAAUGCCACAAGUCAACUUGCCACAAGUUAAGAAAAGUUGACCAUUUUGAAUUAACAAAAGCUAACUGUUUUAAGGUCUCAAGCAAGUCAAGCCUAUCUGAUAUGCCUUCUUUGAAAUGUGCUGGAAAUGAAUCAGUUACUUUGAAGUCAUCUCUGGAAGACGACAGGUGCAAUUGUGAAAGAUUUAACCAGCAAGAUGAGCUCACAGGACAUUCUUAUAGCAUCACAUCAACAAGUACCAUUAGUAACUGCUUUGUUUGCAAAGUUCAGAAAAAGGAGGAAGGAGAAGGGACCUUUGAAUGCUCGCGGCAGGAUGACACAAUGAAUCAAGUCCAUCAGAGUCUAUUAAAAGAGCUUGAUACAUGUAAAUCUGAAAACACUUUUAUGGGGAAAAGUGUUGCAAUAAUAAUCAAACACAACAAAGUGAGACAGGAACUGAGUGUUCCAUCAACGGAGAAUGGUGACGCAAUUUUACAGAUGAUUUCACAUUGUGUUGGCAUCCCUGUGUCCAAGUUAAAACUUAUUCACAAAGGCAAGAUGGUGACAAGAGACAAUAUUCAGAACAUGCUGUUCAAUAAAGCUCUCUUUCUAGCAUUUGGAGAAAUUUCUGAGAGUGAGGAGGGUUUGAUAAAGGAGGACAUUGAUUUGAUUGUAAAGCAACUUGGUGUAGAAAGAAACCUUGCGGUAAAAGUUUUGAGAAAGAAUGGCAAUGUAGUGGAUGCUAUUAUUGAGAUUGGAAAUAUGUAA